AUGAGCGGAAAGAAAAGAAGGAAACAAGAGAAGAGAGCAAGCGGCAAAGAGAAGAAGAGACAGGUAGACGAAAAAAGAGAAAAGAAAGAACGCGAACGGAAAAAAAGAAGGGAAAACGCAAAGAAAAAAGAGAAAAGGAAAGAGCAAAAACAGAAAGAGGAAGAAACGCCCAAAAGAAAAAAGAAAAACAAGAAGAAGAAGAAAAGGGAAAAUAGAAAAGAGACAAAAGAAAGUAGGAACGAAAAGAGGAAAGCCAAGAGAAGAACGAAGAGAGAAAGAAAGAACCCAGAAAAGCCCCCAACGCCCAACACCAGCCCCCCCGAAAGGGGCCCAAAGGAAAAAAAAACCCCCACCCAAGCCGUCCCCAAUAUAAAGCCGCCACGCAGGCGUGCCAGAGAAGACCCCCGGGAGCCAGGCCAAUCCCCCACCUCAACGCCCCCUCACUCCCCCCCCCCCCCUCCCCCUCUCAACCUCCUCCCCCUCAAUCCUCCCCUCUCCCCCCUCCCCCACUCCUCCUCCUCCCUCUCCUCCUCCUCUCCCUUCCCCCUUUUCUCCUCUCCCCCCUCCCCCUUCCUCCCCUCUCCUCCUCCUCCCCCCCCUCCAUCUCCUCCUCUCUCCAUCUCCUCCUCUCUCCCUCUCUUCCUCUCUCCCUGUCUCGCUCCCUUCAUAGCUGUGGUGUAUGGUGGCUGGGUGUGACAUGAUGCCCGGCCAGAUCCUUGACCCCUCCCUGACGGCCGGCUCCUUGCCCAGCCUGGGCCCACUGGCGGGCAUCUCUGCCACUACACUCACCGAUCAGCUCAAACUGGCACAGGACAUCUCUGCCACCAUGCUCACCGAUCAGCUAAAACUGGCACAGGACUUCAGGAACCUGGGCGCCAUGUUGUCACCGCUGCAUUUCCUGGGACGGCUGGGGAAGAGGCCCCUCACUGCUAUCAAGGGAGAGGUGAGGAGGGGGAGUGGGAAGAGGGGGAGGGGUGGAGGAUGGGGGGAGGGUGAGGAGGAGGAGGAGGGGGGAGGGGGGGAGAGGGGGGGCUGAGGGGGGAGAGGGGGAGAGGAGGGAGGGGGGGGACGGGGGGAGAGGAGAAUGUUGAUCAUUUGGAGGCCAUGUUCUGUUUGUUAUGUAUGGUGGACUGUUGAAAACUGGACCAGCCUACUAACUUUUAGCUCCACCAAGUGGGCAAUUUCAGAAGUAGUUUAGAUGUGACACAACUUAACCAUUUCAAUCUGGGGUUCUCUUCAACUAUUCACUUUUGCCUCCAAGAUGGCAAGCACAGGUAUCAAACAGAGGCACAGUUAUCUGAAAGUCACAUAUAAAACAGAAAGUAUGAAAAAAAAACAGGAGUAAAAACAGACAGGAAAGACAGAAAGCCAGGAUUGUCAUGACUAUGUUUAAUAACAUACGGGCCUUGGAAAAGGUCACCAUUAGCUGAUCACAGCACCUCUUCUCCCUGCAGAUGGACGAGGAUGAUGAGAGGAGGAAACGGAGGAGGGAUAAAAACAAAGUGGCAGCAGCACGAUGUCGGAACAAGAAGAAGGAGAGAACAGACUUCCUCCAAAGGGUCAGUCGCUUUUUUCUUUUUCACAAUGGCGGAUAGAGUUCUUUAUUUAUACCUGGGGUGUUCUUUGCGAAUUGGCUGUAGAAGAUGGAAUAGAUAGUAUGAUUACUAAUGAAUGAUUAGUGAAGCAUCUACAGUGAGGGAAAAAAAAGUAUUUGAUCCCCUGCUGAUUUUGUAUGUUUGCCCACUGACAAAGAAAUGAUCAGUCUAUAAUUGUAAUGGUCUACAACUUCACCGCAUCAAAGGGACGAUGGACGGGCCAUGUACCGUCAAAUCUUGGAUGAGAACCUCCUUCCCUCAGCCAGGGCAUUGAAAAUGGGUCGUGGAUGGGUAUUCCAGCAUGACAAUGACCCAAAACACACAGCCAAGGCAACAAAGGAGUGGCUCAAGAAGAAGCACAUUAAGGUCCUGGAGUGGCCUAGCCAGUCUCCAGACCUUAAUCCCAUAGAAAAUCUGUGGAGGGAGCUGAAGGUUCGAGUUGCCAAACGUCAGCCUCGAAACCUUAAUGACUUGGAGAAGAUCUGCAAAGAGGAGUGGGACAAAAUCCCUCCUGAGAUGUGUGCAUACCUGGUGGCCAACUACAAGAAACGUCUGACCUCUGUGAUUGCCAACAAGGGUUUUGUCACCAAGUACUAAGUCAUAUUUUGCAGAGGGGUCAAAUACUUAUUUCCCUCAUUAAAAUGCAAAUCAAUUUAUAACAUUUCUUACAUGCAUUUUUCUGAAUUUUGUUGUUGUUAUUCUGUCUCUCACUGUUCAAAUAAACCUACCAUUAAAAUUAUAGACUGAUCAUGUCUUUGUCAGUGGACAAAUGUGCCACUAGAGAUCCUGGUUCGAGUCCGGGCUCUGUCGCAGCCGGCCGCGACCGGGAGACCCAUGGGGCGGCGCACAAUUGGCCCAGCGUCGUCAAGGUUAGGGGCGGAUUUGGCCGGCAGGGAUGUUCUUGUCCCAUCGCGCACUAGAGACUCCUGUGGCGGGCCGGGCGCAGUGCACGCUGACACGGUCGCCAGGCGUGUUUCCUCCGACACGUUGGUGCGGCUGGCUUCCGGGUUAAGCAGGCAGCGCGGCUUAUGUUUCGGGGGACGCACGGCUCUCGACCUUCGCCUCUCCCGUGUCCGUACGGGAGUUGCAGCGAUGGGACAAGACUGUAACUUCCAAUUGGGGAGAUUUUUUUAUUUUUUUUAUACAAAAAUAAAAUACAAAUAAGAUAAAGUGUUCUUAAAUAAAGGCUAAAUAAAUGCGUUAACAGUAUAGCGCCUCCCCUCUCUGUCCUCCCUGUAGGAGUCGGAGCGUCUGGAAGUGGUGAACUCUGACCUGAAGGCCCAGAUCGAGGAGCUGAGGAUGGAGAGACAGCAGCUAAUGGUCAUGCUCAACCUCCACCGCCCCACCUGCAUCGUCCGCACUGACAGCGUCAAGACCCCCGAGAGCGAGGCCAACCCCUUGCUAGAACACCUGGCCGCUGAAAAGCUGACCGCCUCCAAGUGA